UAGCUCUGGAGCUUGACACGGUUAGCCAAUAACUUCCCGGGUCAAAUUGUAUACGUGAGAUCUGACAGCAGCAGUAUCAGUCUGCUUAGACCUGAUACUAUUUAGAUGCGUUCAUAAUUAGUUUGUUAGCGUUCAAGGUUCACUUACUAUUCAGAUUUUAGUGGCAAGUUAUAUUUAAUGAAAAUGGUGUUUUAUUUUACAAGUGCCGUGGUGGACCCUCCCUACACAAUAUACACGGGAAAGGACAAGUAUGAAAAUGAGGAUCUAAUCAAAUACGGUUGGCCUGAAGACAUCUGGUUUCAUGUGGACAAACUGUCUUCAGCUCAUGUAUAUUUGAGAUUGCCAAAGACACAUACAUACCUUGUGUUCAGUGGUGUACCGUGACACAUAUUGUGUUGUGUGCUGUCAGGCUGUAAGAUGAACAACAUCAGCGUGGUUUACACACCAUGGACCAACCUGAAGAAAACUGCAGACAUGGACAUAGGACAGAUUGGCUUCCAUAGACAGAAAGAGGUGAAGAUCGUGGCGGUGGAGAAGAAGAUCAAUGAGAUUGUAAACCGUCUGGAGAAAACCAAAGUAGAACGAUUCCCAGAUCUGGUGGCAGAGAAGGAGUCAAGAGACAGAGAAGAGAGGAAUGAGAAGAAAGCUCAACUCCAAGAACAGAAGAGGAAAGAGAAGGAAGAGCAGAAGAGGAAAAAGGAGAUGGAGGAACUCAGGAGCUAUACAACACUGAUGAAGAGUGAAAACAUGAUGACUAAUGAGGAUGGCUACGAUUCAGAUGACUUCAUGUAAGAGGUGUAGACCAGGCAGCAGGAGGCAAGCUGACCAACUCCUCCCCCUCCACUCAGAUCUGCUGUCAGGACACUACUCUGCUGCUUUGUGCUUUCUAUAGCUCUGCACUGGCACUGGGGAAUAAGACAAAUGGAUACCUUUUGCUUUUGGACACUGAGCAGACAGAAAGCCAGUUAGGGACAGCGCCUGGUCUGAUUCCACAUGCUGACUGGUUCAGACACUGCUGGCCUCUUCAUCACAGGAUGAUACUAAAGAAGAAGAACACGGGAGAACAGGAGCUGUGAGGGUCAUUCUGGGGAGAAACACUCAAAUAGCCAAACAGUGUUUGAUUGGAUUUUCUCUGCCAUAUGAACAGAUGUAUGAUAAUACUGGAGUCUGUAUGGGUGUUUCAGUGACUCUGCAAACAUGAAGUCUAUAAAACCUGCUUGCUUUCUUCA